UUACAUUAAUCCAAGUAUCUCGAGCUCAUAACAGUAAAGCAGACUCUUUAGCAGAACUUGCUAAAGAAAUGACGAGCAUGAAUGACGAGCAGGUACUAAUCAGUGUCAACACACGUCGAGUACUAGAACCAGCAAUUCUAUGCUCCCCGCAGGAAGAGGGGUCAUCAAAUCCAAGUCAGAAGGAUAUAACUUCGGUUAUUCCUCAAUCUCCCCAACAAAUUAUUCCUGAAAAUCAACAAGAUAAACCUCAGAUGUUCACAGGAAGAAAAUUUGGUAGAACCUCUGAAUCUUGGCUUGAAUGCCUAGAAGUUGAAGAGCAAAAUGACUGGAGCCAGCCUUUCAUCUACUACUUCAGAGAAAACAAACUUCCUGUAGAUAAAUCAUUAGCUACACAGAUCAAGAAGAGAGCAUUGCGAUAUGCGUUUGUCAAUAAUACGCUAUAUCGAAGGUCAUUUGAGCAAAUGUGGCUGCGAUGUUUAGGGAGGAAUGAAGCUGAUAAAGUUAUUUCUGAAGUUCAUGAAGGACUAUGUGGUGCACAUCAAUCAGGUCCUAAAAUGACCAUUAAAGUUAAAAGGAUGGGUUAUUACUGGCCAUCAAUGGUAAAGGACUGCACAAAUCAUGCAGAUAUAUGCCACGAAUGUCAAAUUCAUGGCAAUAUUAUACAUCAACCUCCAAAUCCUUUGCAUCCCACUAUAGCAUCCUGGCCAUUCGAAUGUUGGGGGACAGAUAUAAUAGGGCCCAUUGAUCCACCAUCAUCUGCUGGGCAUCGCUUUAUAUUAGCGGCAACAGACUAUUUUUCUAAAUGGGCUGAAGCAGUUCCAUUCAAAGAAGUCACUGCUCACCAUGUGAUAAACUUCUUUACUCAUAACGUUGUCUAUAGAUUUGGUGUACCCCGUCGCAUCAUCUCAGACAAUGGUCCAGCUUUCAAAAGUACCAAAAUUUAUAAGUUCACUGAACGACAUAAAAUUGAUUGGCGAUAUUCAUCAAUCUAUAAUCCAAGGGCAAAUGGAUUAGCAGAAGCCUUCAACAAAACGCUCAUAAAACUACUCAAGAAAAUCCUUACAAAAAAUAAAAGAGAAUGGCAUACUAAGUUGGCAGAAGCAUUAUGGGCACAUUGUACUACAUACAAAACACCAACGAAAGCAACUCCUUAUGCAUUGGUGUUUGGAGCUGAAGCUGUGUUGCCACUCGAAGUUGAGUUGCCGUCACUUCGGGUAGCUGUUCAGUAUGAUCUCACAGAAGAACAAAAUGCUCGCCUACGAAUGGAAGAGCUUGAUGCGUUGGAUGAAGUCUGACUCCAGGCUCAACAAAAUUUAGAGAUUUAUCGAGCAAGGAUGGUGAAAUCUUUUGACCGUAUGGUACGCCCUCGAGCAUUUCAAGAAGGAG